AAUUUAUCAAAAAGCUAUUGGAGUAAAAAAAAAAGUUUUAUCUCGCGAUUUGUUAUGACCGGCGAAUUGCCGAUUUUGCCCAAUCCUCACCAGCAGCAGCGGCUGAUGAGCGAUGUUUCACGCAACCGGGCGACGGCAAAAAUUGUUCAAGGCGACGAAGCAAAGGAGAAACGGCCCAAAGCGUGCACGCUGUGUCGAAGGAGCAAGGUCAAAUGCGAAAAGGAUAGUAACGACGAAAGCUGCAAAAGAUGCCGUGCACAGAACCUGCAGUGUGUUUACGAGUACAAAAUUGCCAGUUACAAGGUGGUUGGGGAUGCAAGCACAAAAGAGGUGUCCAAAAUCGUCAAGUCUCCUCCGCAAGACACUCGGAAGCGUGAUUCCACGCACUCUCCUCCGGUGUCCCACGCAAACACGGGCCGGAACGCAUCGCUGUCGCAUAUUUUGAAUCCGCCCCACACAAAGCCAGGCGCUGGCUGGCACUCGUCGGUGGAGGACCGGCUGCAGGAUUUUGGUAGCAAGCUAGGGAACAUCCUGACCAUCCUACAAACUCCCGAGUCUCCAUCGCGGCCCUUGCUUCUAAAAGCUUCCUCGGAGGGUGCUCCGCGGAACGGGUCUGCCGAACCACGCUCAUUGGCCGAUAUUCUUUCGCUCAGCGAGGCAGAGGAGUUAUUCCGGUUUUUCGACUCAAACAUCUCUCCUCAACUGUUCGGAUUCAACAUAUCGCAAUACUCUGUCAACGAGCUGUGGAACCACUCUCCUCUCUUGCUUGCCAGCGUGUGUGCAAUAGCAUCUAUCCACCACCCGCUUCUCAGCCAUUUGUUCCGCCAACUCGAACAACUGAUUCAUCAAAUGAGCCAGCAUCUGCUCGUGCGAGUCCCGACCACAGAGCUUGAUACGUUUAACACCGUGCUUGCGCUGUGCUUUUGUGCUCUGUGGUUCCAGGAGAACCAAAUGUUCACGGGAAUGGCUCUCCAGCUGGCCAGCAACCUGAAGCUGAACAAACGGUCCAAGAAUUCUCAGGUUUCCGACAAAAACAAGCUCAAGCUGUGGUAUCUCCUGUACAUCCUCGAUGGCCAGCAAUCCCUGGUGUUUAAUAGACAGCCAUUGAUGAAUUCACAGGACAGAACACUCAAAGAAAGCCGGCACCUGCUUCUUGAAGACGGCGCCGAGGAGGCUGGUUCUGAAGGAAACUACUCCAACCUGCGACUGGUAUCUCAGGUGGAAUACAACCAGGCGAUUAGCAAGGUGUUUGAGGGCGAUGCAUGGGAUCUUAUGGCUCCCGCAUCGUUUGGACUACCGUUUAAGACGAACCUGGAGCUUGACAAGUGGAUGGUCCAGUGGACUGUCAUGCUCUCGCCUUUUAACAACGCCCCGAUUUGGUCGAGCAAAAGCACACUAAUAUACUACAACUUUGCCAAAAUGCACAUCAACUCGGCCGCGGUGAGGUCAUUGCACAUGGAGGGAGACGAGCUUCCACGAUGGAAGGAGGUCGAUUCCGACCAGAUCGAGAAUCUGGAGGAGGGCUGCCAGAACAUCCAGCAGACAGAAAGUAGCGACGAUGACGACGAGGGCCAGUAUGAGCUGGAACUGUCUCCCCGGCAGUCGCGCAUGGUAUCGACGGAGAUGGCUCUGUCGUCUGCGGAGACGGUGCUCAACCUUGUGCUGGGCGAUACCGAUAUUUUAUCAGCCUUAAAGUAUGCUCCGGUGCAUAUUCAUGUGAUGCUGUACUAUGCGGCGAUGCUAGUACUGAACCCGCCAGAGUAUUUAUCGAGCAAGGAAAAGAGUUUCGAGGACACUCUCAAUGCUGUUGCCAUCGUCAAGAAGUUGCGGUCGGUGAUUUUGGGCAACUUGCCGAUCGACAAGAGUUUUUCGAGCAAGCUGAUAGAAGCACUGUCUCGGCUGCUUCAAGAGAGAGUGAAGAAGUUGAAGGAAGAUAUCACCGACGAGCAGAAACUCGAGCUGGACAAAGUGCUUAUAAACAACAAUACCAGCUCUUUUGCAAAAAAGAGAGCGCGGCAAAUUAGCGCGUGGCCGGGAUACGACCAUGGCCAUCCGAGCAAAAAAAGGGUGGUAGAAAACCCUGAUUCCUAAAUUUUUGGCGCGCUAUCAUUUUAACAUGAAUAAUUCCAGCUUCCAGAAAGCAGUCAACGAGUUGCCUCGGCCUGAAAUUGACUGGUACGACGUGACAAAUGUCGUGAAAAGGGUAAGUAGGGAGCAUUGGCCACUAAUUGUAGGCUCCCCAAUACAUCAACAAGCUAGGGUCCACAGAAAGGAUCUCUGAUCCCGAGUUUGACAGUAUUGUCUCCGAAAUCAAGGGCAUUGAUAAGCAGUUUGAGACCUUUGAGCUGAGCUUGCAGAAGCACCGCAACUCGAUGUCGAGAUUACUGACACACAGUAUUGCGAUCGGUCUGUGUUUCAGAGACUUAAGCAGCCAGUGUGAAGGCGGGAUCCUCAAUAAACAGCAGCUAUCGAUGUUUGAUCGCGCGACACAGUACGUCGAACAAUACAAGAUGCUCCAGCCUGGGAUGGAGGAGGAGACCAAGCUAUUUGAGGAACGCGUUGGCGAGCACUUGAAAAAAAUAUCAAAACAGAUUAAAAACGCCAACAGGGCUAUCAAGGAACGCAACUACGCAAGUUUGGACUACGAAAAAUACCAGCAGGAGGUCCGGAAGCUUGCAGACAAGCCAGACUUGAGUUUGAAAGAGCACAAACGCAAGUUCGAGGUUCAGAAAAAACUCCACGAGGCCAAGCUCAAGUACGACCUUCUGAACAACAAACUAAAAAUGGAGCUGCCACUGUUCAUGCUGAUCGUCAGGCAGAUCAUGAGCCAGGUGUUUGUGAUGACCUAUUUUGCUACUUUUACGAUUUUCCACAACCUGUACGCCACGUGUGCGUCUCUGUCCAGCGAGUUCAAGAUCGACCUUGAGAUGUUGCAGUACGACACUGAUAUGGAAAACAUGCGGCGGAAUUUCACUGCUGCUCAAGAGCGUGUUGCCGAAUCGAUCGAACAGCUCUCUGUGGUGAAAUUCCACCAGAUCUCGCUCAACAAGCUGCAGAUGAAGGUCCUCGAAACUACGGCUCCCGCAGAGACGUGCGUGGCCAUGUACAAUUUCGAUGCUUCGCAGCCCGACGACCUGAGUUUCCGCGAGGGCGACCGAAUCAAGGUCCUGGACAGAAGCAACCCAGGGUGGUGGCGCGGCAUGAAGCUGACCGACGGCACCACCGGUAUUUUCCCUUACAACUACGUGCGGCUUUUGUAACGAG